AUGAUAACUGCCGGUGUAGGCACCUAUGCAUCGGGUUCAUUAAUAACAGCAUCCCAAAAUUACCCAUUAUCAAUUGUAGCUAGUGAUGAACACAAAUUUAAUUUGAUAUUUGAUGAUUUAUUUAAAGAUCAAUUUUCUAAAUUAAAAUCAUUAACAUUAUCAGACAUAAAUGCUGCAACUAUAGAUGAUAUAAUAUUUGAUGAACCAACAAAAUUAUAUGAAAAAUUAGAACGAUUAAGUUUACUGGGUACGAUCAGUAGAGGAGAUGGAGGAAUAGUUGACACAGAAUGUUUAUGUGUUGGUUUAAUAUCAUCAGAAAUGAAAUCAUUAAAGUAUUUGAAUUUAAAUUUUAAUCCAGAUGAACCUGAUUGUGAAAAUUGUGGCCGUUUCAAAUCGUUCUAUUAUUUGUGCUUUGAUGAAUCAAAAUUCUGGAGAGAAAAAUCAUUAAGUCAUUUAGAAACAAUUAUUAUUGGAAGUGAGUUAUUUUAA